CGGGAGAGGCGGGGCCAGACUAUAAACUGCCGGUUGAGGGAGGCCCUCCGGAGAGAGCUCUGGGAUCGCGGGUGGUGUACUGUACUGCGGCGGACAAGGGGGUGCCUGUGUUCUUCUGUGUGAAUUUUCAGAAUGAUGAAUCAAGCCAGAUCAGCAUUGUCUAACUUGUUUGGUGGAGAACCAUUGUCAUACACCCGAUUUAGUCUGGCUCGUCAAGUAGAUGGCGAUAGCAGUCAUGUGGAGAUGAAACUAGCUGUAGAUGAAGAAGAAAAUACUGACAAUAACAUGAGGCCCGAUGUCAGAAAACCAAAAAGGUUUAAUGGAAAUAUCUGUGCAAUCAUUGCUGUAAUCCUCUUUUUCUUCAUUGGAUUUAUGAUUGGCUACUUGGGCUAUUGUAAAGGCGUUGAACCAAAAGCUGAGUGUGAGAGACUGGCAGCAACAGAGUCUCCAGAGAUGGAUGAGCCAGAAGAGGACUUCCCUAGAACACCCUCUCGCUUAUAUUGGGCAGACCUCAAAACAAAAUUGUCCGAGAAGCUGGAUACCACAGAGUUCACCAGCACCAUCAAGCUGCUGAAUGAAAAUUCGUAUGUCCCUCGUGAGGCUGGAUCUCAAAAAGAUGAAAAUCUUGCCUUUUAUGUUGAAAAUCAAUUCAAUGAAUUUAAACUUAGCAAAGUCUGGCGUGAUGAACAUUUCAUUAAGAUUCAGGUCAAAGGCAGUGCUCAAAACUCUGUGACUGUAACGGAUCUGAACGGUACCAUGGUAUUCACGUUGGACUAUCCUGAGGGUUAUGUGGCAUAUAGUAAGGCUACGACAGUUACCGGUAAACUGAUCCAUGCUAAUUUUGGCACUAAAAAAGACUUUGAGGAUUUAAACUCUCCUGUGAAUGGAUCUUUAGUGAUUGUUAGAGCAGGGAAAAUCACAUUUGCAGAAAAGGUGGCAAAUGCUGAAAGCUUAAAUGCAAUUGGUGUCUUGAUAUACAUGGACCAUACUAAAUUUCCCAUUGUUGAGGCAGAUGUUCCAUUCUUUGGACAUGCUCAUCUGGGAACAGGUGAUCCUUACACCCCUGGAUUCCCUUCAUUCAAUCACACUCAGUUUCCACCAUCUCAGUCAUCAGGAUUGCCUAAUAUACCUGUCCAAACAAUUUCCAGAGCAUGUGCAGAAAAGCUGUUUGAAUAUAUGGAAGGAGAUUGUCCUUCUGAUUGGAACAUAGACUCUUCUUGUAAGCUGCGAUCCUCACAAAAUAAGAAUGUGAAGCUCACUGUGAACAAUAUGCUGAAAGAGAUAAGAAUUCUUAACAUCUUUGGAGUUAUUAAAGGCUUUGUAGAGCCGGAUCGCUAUAUUAUAGUAGGGGCCCAGAGGGAUGCCUGGGGUCCUGGAGCUGCAAAGUCCAGUGUAGGAACAACUCUCCUGUUGAAACUUGCCCAGAUAUUUUCAGAUAUGGUCUUAAAAGAUGGAUUUAAACCCAGCAGAAGCAUUGUCUUUGCCAGUUGGAGUGCUGGAGACUUUGGAGCUGUUGGUGCCACUGAAUGGCUAGAGGGAUACCUUUCCUCCUUGCAUUUAAAAGCUUUCACUUACAUUAAUUUGGACAAAGCUGUGCUUGGUACCAAAAACUUCAAGGUUUCUGCCAGCCCGCUGUUGUAUACUCUUAUCGAGAAAACGAUGCAAGAUGUGAAACAUCCACUUACUGGGCUGCCUCUAUAUCAGGACAGCAACUGGGUCAACAAAGUUGAGAAACUUUCUUUUGACAAUGCUGCUUUCCCUUUCCUUGCAUAUUCUGGAAUCCCAGCAGUUUCUUUCUGUUUUUCUGAGGACACAGAUUAUCCUUAUUUGGGCACGACCAAGGAUACCUAUAAGAUACUAACUGAGCGUGUCCCUCAUUUGAACAAAAUGGCACAAGUGGCAGCAGAAGUGGCUGGUCAGUUCAUGAUUAAACUUACCCAUGAUGUUGAAUUGAACCUGGACUAUGAGAGAUAUAACAACAAAAUGCUUUCAAUUGUGAGGGAUCUGAACCAAUUCAGAGCAGACAUAAAGGAAAUGGGCCUGAAUCUACAGUGGCUAUAUUCUGCUCGUGGAGACUUUUUCCGUGCUACUUCCAGACUAACAACAGAUUUCAGGAAUGCUGAGAAAACAGACAGAUUUGUCCUGAGGGAAAUCAAUGAUCGUAUCAUGAAAGUAGAAUAUAACUUCCUCUCUCCCUAUGUAUCCCCACAAGAUUAUCCUUUCCGACAUAUCUUCUGGGGCUCCGGCCCUCACACGCUGUCAGCUUUAAUAGAGAACUUGAAGCUGCGUCAGGAAAAUAAUGGUGCUUUUAAUGAAACACUGUUAAGAAACCAGUUGGCUCUAGCUACUUGGACUAUUCAGGGAGCUGCAAAUGCCCUCUCUGGUGACAUUUGGGACAUCGAUAAUGAGUUUUAAAAGUGAUACCCAUAACUUACAUAAGAACAGCAGGGCAGUCUGGUUUCUAGACUUGUGCUGGUUAUGUUAAAAUUUCAGUAGGGCUACAAAACCUAAUGUUAAAAUUCUAUCCUAUCAUCUUGGUACUACUAGAUGUUUUUAGGCAGCAGCUUUUAAUACAGGGUAGGUACCUGCACUUCAAGUUAAAGUGAAUAACCACUUAAAAAAUGUUCAUGAUAGAAUAUUUUCUCUAAUUAUCUCUAGUAUUUUAAGUGCUUUGUAAUGGUAACUGCCUCUUUCCUGUUACAGUUUUGAAAACAUCAGAACCAGUUAUGUGAACUAUUACUCCUAAGUACAUGAGCUGGUAUCUUUUGUGGGAGGAAGAAGGUGGUAUCUGCUCAAGGUUAAAAUUAGUGGCUUAGUGUGAUCCUCCAUCCUCAUUUAAUGCUAGAUAGGAGAUACCAGGUUGUAAGACCUUAUGCUCCAAAUAAGAUCUAUUCCUUUCCAUAAGGAUUUAGCUGGUUUCUGCAUUCCUGAAUGAAACAGUUAACUUUCAGAAGAGGUGAGGUCUGAAAUAGAAGUCCUUCUGCUGGAUAAAAUGAGGAUCAACUGUUUAUUGCAGGAGCAAGGCCUUAAUGUAUUAACCUCAAUGUUAUUUAUGAAAAGAGGAGACCAGAAGCCAAAGACUUAGUAUAUCUUCUUUUCCUCUGUCCCCUGCCCCAUAAGCCUUUGUUUAGUUUUUUGUUGUUGUUUUUUUCCAAAGUAUUCUGAAAGAGAACCAGUUUCAGGUGUUUAAUUUCAGACUCAGUUGGUCAGACUUUAAAGAACACACUGCCAAAUUUUGGCCAAAGUGUUACUCUUUUGGGAAAGCUAUCAUUUUGGCACUGAGAUAUUUAUUGUUUAUUUAUCAGUGACAGAGUUCACUAUAAAUGGUGUUUUUUAAAUAGAAUAUAAUUAUCGGAAGCAGUGCCUUCCAUAAUUA